UUAAACUGGGUGUGUUUUUUUUAGUCGUUAAUCAGCCUUAUAUCACUUGAACCCGUAUGAGCAUUAUAACUGCUAGUUACUUUGCAUAUGUUUUCACCAGAACAAGAACAUGCUAAAAGGUAGAAUUUAAUACAGUUUCAUUGGCUUAUAAAUCUGGAAGGUCGAGGUCAGAAAAUCAGUGUGGACUAACAUUUGAACUCAAUUACAAAGAAUAAAUAGGUAAUUCACAAAUGCAACAAACAGCCUCCGAGGGAAAAGUAAGUUUUCGAUUGGCUUCUCAGUCUACGGGUUACGACAUGAACGUGGUGACGUGUUAUUAAUGGAUUAAGAACGUCGUGUGCUGUCUGAGUGUUCCAGUAUACCGUAAAAGAUGACAGAGCGUUAAAUAAGUUCCACAUAAAAACUGGGAGAUGUUCUAAUGAAAGCAAAAGAACAGAAAUAGAAAAUAAAGAAUGUAGCCGUGAGUAUGAAACAGUAUUGUCACCGUGUAGUGCAAAUGAGGGUUCUACAAGCAGGAUUAAAUAAAGCACAUGAUCUUGUUUAUGUAGUGUGGAACAGGAAGCAAACAACAUGCUGGACUUGUUUUGAAAUGAGUUAACUUGGUUUUCUGAAAGAAGUUCUGACAAUAUUCAGCGGGCGUAACCAUUCUCAAACUCAUAUGGAACAAGUCUCUGCUGCUAGUUACUUUGCAUUAUUUCUUCCCUUUAUGACUGGUUCAGAAAUACUGUGCAUGCAAAGUGUUUUCUGAAGGAGAUGGCUACGCCAUUUGUCCCUGUUCCAGUUCCCUUGGAUAGUGCCUCCUCAGGUAUAGCCAGAAGCAGAAGCCAAAGAAGUUCCUCAUUUGGUAGCAUCUCCACCAGCUCCAGUUCAUCCAAGAGCCAGGCUGAAGACUGUGUUACAGGCAGCAAUAAAAAGAGUAGCACUUCUGAGCAGCCUAAUUCUACUCCACCACAAUGUAAAAGUCCAGUCAUCAGGACUAAACUUAAUGGUGCAGACUCUUCAAUUGAAUACUCAAACUCUCCCGGUGAACAAACCUCAGAAUCAACCAGCUGGGAGGAUAGACCCUCUACGCCAACUGUGCUGGGCUAUGAGGUGAUGGAGGAAAGAGCCAAGUUUACAGUUUACAAGGUCCUGGUAAGGAAAAGUCCAGAGGAGAGUUGGGUGGUAUUUCGAAGAUACACAGAUUUCUCACGGCUGAAUGAUAAGUUGAAGGAGAUGUUUCCAGGUUUCCGUCUCGCUCUUCCUCCAAAGCGCUGGUUCAAGGACAAUUACAACUCAGACUUCCUGGAAGACAGACAACUGGGACUGCAGGCAUUCCUACAGAAUCUGGUAGCUCACAAAGACAUUGCUAACUGCCUCCAUGUGCGUGAGUUUCUGUGCUUGGAUGACCCCCCGGGUCCAUUUGAUAGCCUGGAGGAGAGUCGGGCGUUCUGUGAAACUCUUGAAGAAACCAACUACAGACUGCAAAAAGAACUAAAUGAAAAGCAGAGAGAAAUUGAAAAUUUGAAGACAAAAAUUGAAGAAAAACAACAACGUAUAGAUUUUUUGGAAAAUGGGAUCAAGGAUGUUUCAUUUAGCCAAGAAACCCACUGCAGACCAUCAGAGCAGGGAAGCGAGUGCAGUGGAGAUGUGGAGUCCUCUGCAGUGGAAGCAGAGCAAGAAGUGGGAGAGGAAAAUAGACCUGGAAUACACGCAGCCUGCUGGUGUGGACUUGCAUCAGGAAACUCUCCUCCUGUGAUUGAAGUUGCUCAAGCUGCAGAACCUUUUGAAGAACAUUGAUUAGGUUUUUCUAAAGCUGUGUUUUGAAUAUUUAGUUUUUACUUACAGUGCUGCUCAAGACUUAUUACUAGAUUAUGCAGAAAAAAACUGUCAGCAAACAAGUUCGCUGAUUUGAUUACCAAAGCCAGCCAAGGUAAACAUGAAAGUGUGUACCUCUGUUAUUGGGUUAAAAUAACCAGUUUACUGUAGCAGCCUCCAUACUCCUAAAAAUCUACAAAAUGACAUAUGUUGUGACUGCAUUAUUUGCUUUUGUGCAGCUUUUGAUAUACAUACCUGUGUAACAUUUGUAAUAUAUAUAUAUAUAUAUAUAUAUAUAUAUAUAUAUAUAUUGCUAUAGAUGUUCACUAUUUUCAGACAGAAACUCUUUGUCAUUGUGUUAUUCUUUUGGACAUGGUGUAUUGAUGGUUACUCACUGUCAUGCAGCUGCACGGCUUGCACUAUGCAAUCAAAAAUCAAUCACCAUUUUGGUUUUGUUUUAACCUCAGAAUGAACCUGGGAGGGGGGGGUGAAUAGGCAUGACUUAAACAAAUACCUGUGCUACAUUCAGGGCUUGAAGUUUGUUGUGAUUAGAAAAGUGAUGUAAAGAUAAUGUGCAAGUAGGCAUUGGAAACUGCAUUUUUACAUUGCCAUGGAUAUUUAUUAUGAUCAUAGAUUGCAUUUAUUAAUAAAAGAUUUUCUCUCUCUCUCUCUCUCUCUCUCUCUCUCUCUCUCUCUCUCUCUCUCUCUCUCUCUCUCUCUCUCUCU